AUGUCAUUUCUUACCAAGAAUCGAAGAACAAGUCUCCCCCAAGAUGCCCCCGAAAUCCGCGAAGAUCAAUUUCCCGCUGCUCAGCUCGGUCUCCUAGCACUGGUUCGAGUCGCAGAACCAAUUGCUCUCACCUCGAUACUUCCAUACGCAUGGAAACUCGUCACCAACUUCCAGGUUGGCUCCGAAGCGAAUGCACCGUUCUUCGCCGGUCUGCUCAUCUCCGCCUUUUCGCUCGCUGAAGCAUGCUCGGGCAUGUACUGGGGCUCAGUCUCCGAUCGCAUAGGUAGAAAACCCGUUGUUAUACUUGGGUGUCUAGGAACAAUGUCUUCUUUGCUACUUGUUGGCUUAGCUCCUAAUUUCUGGGUCGCCCUUCUGGGUCGGAUCAUCGGCGGUGCGCUUAAUGGUAACAUCGGCGUUAUCCAGACCAUGGUGGGAGAGUUGGUCAAACGACCCGAACAUGAACCAAAGGCGUAUGCAGUCAUGCCGUUUGUAUGGAGCAUUGGUACUAUCAUAGGCCCAUCGAUCGGCGGAUAUUUUGCUGAGCCCGCUCGAAACUUUCCAUCUGUCUUCAGCCCCACUGGUUUUUUUGCCAAGUUCCCUUAUUUACUUCCAAACAUUAUCUGUGCCUCUCUACUCCUACUCUCUAUCUUGAUGGCAUAUUUCCUUCUAGAGGAGACUCACCCAGACAAGCAGCCUCGAGGCUAUUUCGAACAAUACGACCCAGGCGUUGCAGAGACGCCGCUUCUCCCAGCCCAGGGUGCGACAGCUGAUGCAGCCGCAAACUUGACAGCAGAUUCUUACGGCACUUUCAACGCCGUAGAGGUUGAACACGACGAAAUCUGGCGUGUGCGCUCUAACGGAGAUUGGGUAGAAUCGCCAACAGAUGAGAAGGUCUUCACACGUCCAGUCAUCUUAUUCGUCGUAGCACUGGGGAUCUUCACAUACCAUUCCAUGACAUACGAUCACCUCCUUCCCAUCUUCCUCCAGGACAAACGCGCUGACAGUGACAUGAACGCACUGGACAUCUCGCCUUCUUCUUUGGGCGGUGGUCUUGGUAUCCCUAUUCAGAACGUGGGCAUCAUCCUUUCUCUUAACGGCAUCAUUCAGCUCGCGAUCCAGGGCUUCGUCUUCCCUCUAUUGGCGGAUUGCUUUGGUGUAUGGCGCCUGCUCCUCGUGGUUACGCUCGCACAUCCGAUUGCAUACUUUAUUGUUCCCUUCCUGCAGCUUCUACCCGAAAACUUGCUCUACCCCGGUCUAUUCGCUUGCCUGACCGUGCGAAAUCUGACAUCGAUCCUGGCCUUCCCACUUCUCCUGAUCAUGAUCAAAGAAGCUACGCCCGACAGGUCGCAUCUCGGAAGAAUCAACGGACUAGCAGCGUCGACAGGUGCUGCCUGCCGUACAGUGGCGAGCCCUAUUGCUGGCUUACUCUACGGUCUAUCUAUUGAGCUACACUUCACACCCUUGGCCUGGUGGGGUUCUGCCCUGGUCGCAAUCUGCGGAGCUCUCCAGGUGCCAUUCCUGAAUCGCGCCGCGCACGAGUGUCACGCUCGUGUUCGUAACGUAGCUAGCGACUAUCUUACCAAGGAACGUCGUCGGAGUGAAGUAGUGCACAUUGUGGUCGAAGACGAAUAG